GAAGGAUACCAGUUUCAGCCAGUUUAACAAUUUUAGCUUGAUAGCAAAAAGCGACGCUUCUUAUCAGAUUAAUUAAUUAGUUACAUAACCAGCGGAGUUACACGAUCAAUAACACUCAUAUUUAUAUAAAAAUUAUGGACAGAAUAAAACACAGAAUUAAAGCAGACAAUGACAGGAAUCUACAGUUUAAAAGUAGUUGAAGAUGUUUAUUGGGGACUUUGAGGACAGGCUUUCAACAUCAGCACCAUUCACCUCCGUCUCAUCGUCCACAUCUGACCCAGCUCUGUCUCAGGAUCUCCUUUAGCCUGGCUUUCACCACAUCCGACUCUAGCAGCAGUCACAUCAAGUGUCUCCAUGGGUGGAAACGAAGGAGGACGUGGACCUGACCGAUGGAGCCUCUUUGGGGUGCGUCCCACCGUGCAGAAAUCCCCCACUGACCCCGGCUCCGAUUCCAACACUCCGGGAGGAUUCAGUCUGCAGUCAUACCUCGGGCUUCAGAAGUCCACCACCCUGGACGGCAUCAAGACCCAAGCGAACCUCGCCGUCGAAGACCCGGCCGACUUCAAGGCUCCCAAGCUGGAGGUGACCGGAGUGGAGGCGAAGAAGGCGUCUGCGCAUAAACUCAAACAUCGUGACAUGAACAUUCUCACUCCAUCCGGUUUCUGACAUCGGUCCAAUUCCCCCUCACCCUCCUCACCCCCUCCUUCUUUUCUCUUCACUCAGGUCACUCGCACACUCCGCAAAAACCUUCACGCACACGCCAAUUACAGACCAUUGGACAUAUUUGAAGCCGUAGGUUUUCUUCGGUGCCAAAUUUCUUUUUCAGUAGUCGGACAUAUCUGUGAUAUUUAUCCCAGAUUCCAGUUGCAGUUCCAGCGUACUGUGACCGUGAACAUAACGGAUGUGGUGAGCUCCUAGACGUGUUUAUUUAGAAACACUUUUUUUUGUUAUUUAUUUAUUAUUUGAAUGUAUUAUAUUCGAUCACGCUUCAGACAAACAGCAUUAAACAGGGUAUCACAAACCCGCUUUAACAGCACGGCUUCCAGCGCCUACGAGGGAUCUUUCUGUAAAUAACACCCACGUUCGGCAUCUAGAACGUUUUUGUUUCCUCCAGCAUCCUCGUCUGUAGUUAUAUCUAUGCACUCCAGGGUCAUUACAGCGUCACGGUUUUACUGCUUUUUUAAAAAUAGCGCUUGUUUCCUCACAACUCUUUUUCUCAGACUGGAUCAGGGUCACAUGGGGUAGCGAGGCUGUUGUUCAACUCUUGGAAGUCGUGCUACUUGAGUGUUUCCAACAGGGUCAAAACAAUACGGCCGUCAUCAUGUGUAGAGCGGUGUUUAAGUUACGUUCAGAUUUUUAACAUCAUUCCAUCAAUUCUCUUGAGUAACUCUUGAAUAAUGAGACAGUUGUACGUCAUUUCUAAUCACACGAUCACUGACUUUACCUCUGGAGCUAGCUAGAUAGACAGAGAGAUAGAUACUUUAUUCAUUCCAAUGGGAAAUUUACUACUUCCAGCAAUAUCCACGAACAUAGGUAAUAAGGCAUGCAAUAAAUACUAAAAAAAUACUAAAGAUUCAAAGGUCACAAAAAGGAGCAAGGCACACACAGAGCUGAUGGAAAGGCUGCCACUCGCUGCGGGAGCACACUGCGACACGUAACUCCAGGAGAUAAACAGUAAAUCCCAUCCAAAUGGACGUUACUAAAGAUUCUCACAUCCCAUAUGUUACUUUCAUGCGACUUACAAAUGAUCGAGAGCCUGGCCACGCCCACUACAACAAGCACUUAUAAUAAAAUGAAAUGUCCUGUUAAAACUAUGUUGUGUGACAAGCUUGCGUACCAUCGUUAGGGAUCUCUUGUAAAAGUUUGUGUGUGUGAAAGGAAUUAUAAUUACUUUAAUUACACACCUUCAGAUCUUCUCAUCCUCCUGAAAGAAAAUGUGUACGUGCAAAGAGACGUGUACAAGAGACUUUUCUUCUCAGCUUCCUGUCUGAUAUUUUAAUGGCCGUUAAGCCGUGACGUUCGUAGACCCGUCUGGUUCAGACACCAUCUUACCGCCACACCAGCGCCGAAAUCCUUCGUACCGCUCCGCGUGUCGGACGCGCUGAUAAAAUAGGUUUAUCACUCGAGCUUCAGUGCACGCGUCCGUUGAUAGCGAGUGUAGCAUGAGAUUGAGGUGUUCGUGUCCCCUGGUCCUCCCCCUCCACCCCCCGUCCAUCAGCAAUAGCGUAUUACAGGAUGGACUUUCCUAUUUCACGCUCCUAGUGUAAUACGCCACACGUGUUCUCACCAGUUUGUAUUGUUUUCUAGACCUUUUUAGUGAAUGAAAUCUGUUUUAUAGUUCAAAUCCUGCUAUAAUAUAUACAUCAUACCGGUUGCUUUUGUAGUGAUGGGUAAAAGAUUUUUUGUUAAGAUUUUUUUAAACAUUAAUUCUAAAUGUUACUAGUGAAAUGGCUUUUUAUGCAUUCCCACACACACACACACACACAUUUCGUUCUGUAUAAAGAUUUAUCUGCCAUGCAGCUGUUCAGUUUUGAGUCUGAUGCCUCAAUAAAAUUUUAUGUAAACUAA